AUGUCAUUCUCGAGCACACCUUUAGGUCAAGGCAGACGUCUAGAUCACCACACCUUUCUCAACAAGAACAACCCCAACCGCGCCCCCAACCCACCCCUAGGUCGCGCGAUACCCACCUCCUACGCCUACGGCGCCCCCACAGUCGGCUCGCGCUCCCCUCCCAAGCCAGACAGAGCACCACUCCCCCCUCAGGAAGACGAUCCCGAGGAGCCCGCCCUCGUUCGCUUCGCACGCCUCAAGCAGCGCGAGCAGAACUCUCAAGGACAAUCCUCGCGCCCCGCGGGCCCCAGUCCCCAUCCGGAGAAGUGGAGUGUCAAGGACACGUCCGUUAACAUCGCCAGCGCGUUUUACUCGGCAGCCACAACUUCCUUUGAUACCACCGCAGAAUCUAGCAUGAACCCGAACGAAGCCUGGGCGUCCGGCAUCCGGAAGCCCAUGGUCCCUCGCAGUACUUCUGUCGAAUACGAAAAGGAGACCCAGUCCACCGUCAACCGCCGACUCGCUGCCCCUCCCAGCCGAGCACAAGCCAACGCGCGGGUCGCUAGGCCAGUUUCCAAGUCAGCGUCGAUCCGUCACGUCCCAGACUCUGAGGGAGAGGACGACUCUCGCGACAACGGGCGCGGCAAGACCCCCCUUGAGCAGGGUAUCGACAUGGUCAAACGCAUGACCUUCUUCCUUCGCGAGCGCUCGACGGAGGUCGAGGGCGAAUCGAUGCUAAACGGGAACGAGAGUACGCGCGACAUCUCAAGUUAUGACUAUUCCGCAGAAGAGCGCGAAUUCCAAGCCGGGACCCAGAAGCCGCCUUCGCGACGGACGGUCGCCGUGCACAAGAAGAACAGAAUAUCGACCGACAACAAAGCCUACCGCCCUACUAUGUCUGAUCUGGACGAGUCUGAUGAAGACUUUGAGGAUGAGAAUGGGAAGCGGACGAGACGGAAGAAGGCGAAGAAGACAGGCCCCGCAGGUGGUCCGCUCACCUCGCUUCCUGUCGCUGGCUAUGACAAGAGGCGAAAGAAGAGGAGAGGAACCAAGGCGAACGGGGAGCCGAGAGAAGAUGGUGAUGAGGGCGAGAGCUCUGAAGAAGAGGAUCAAAUCAGUGAACAGCGGUCGAGACAAAGUGUAACACCUGUUCAACGCGCUCCUUCAAUAGCGCGGGGAUCAGUGCCCCCUAUGCCCCGCCAAGCGUCUCUACCGCCACAUUAUGACUCGAGCGGUUUCGAGACCUCUAUGGACAUCGAGGGUGGGCUAGGGCCGAUACGUGAAGUGGACGAAGAGCCUCCACUAAUCGAUGGCGCCAUUCCUCGAGGUCCCAAGGCGUCGUUCUCCGUGGGCGCGACACUAGGUCGCGCUGUACACGGCGUACUCAGUGCAAUCUUUUGGGUGUUGCGCACAAUCCUCGGCAGCAUAGGCUGGGUCUUCAGCACCAUAUUCGGCUUCAACUACGCGCCACUUGCGAAGACUGCAGUCGUUGGAUUGACGCUAUGGGGGGCGUGGUAUGUCCUCAACAGCGGCAUGCUUGAUCUCGGCUCCUUGCCCAGGCUUCGCUCUCCUCAUACCCCCUAUGUACCCCCGGACAUCCCCGCAGGUGACCUCAGUGCGAUAUCCGCCCGUCUACAGAACCUCGAACGCGUCCUCGCAGGUGUUUCCUCCGACGUCGAGAAGUCGCUAUCGUAUAUCGAAGGUGACACCAGGAACCACGCAGACCUGGUUGGACGGGUCGGCUCGCUAGAGUCGCGCGUACAAAAGGAGAGCGCCCGUGCCCAGGACUCCGAGGCUAAGUCUCGUGCGAGCACGAGCGAGGGCCUCAACGCGGUCAAGAAGGAGAUUUCCAAUCUGUACAAGCAGAUCGAGGCACAGCGCGAGGCGGAGGCGCGACGCCCCAACAUCGGAAGCGACGCUGAAGCCCGCGCGAAGCUCAAGGCUCUCGAGGAGCGCGUCGGGACGGUCGAAGGCGGCGUCAAGGAGGCGCUGGAGAUCGGCAAGAGCGCGGUGAAGUCUGGCGCUGUCGCAGGUAACGUUGCGCAGUGGUGGAACAAGCUCGCGACGGGCAAGACGACUGGAGUCACGAUCAAGUCGUCCGACGGACAAGACGUCACGUCCCUGAUCAACCAGUUGGUCGACGCGGCCGUCCUGCGCAAUUCGAAGGACACCCUCGCGCGCGUCGAUUACGCGUUGCACUCUGCUGGCGCACACAUCAUCCCCUCCCUAACCAGCGACACCGCCGAAGUGCGUCCACAGGGCGUCCUCAGCACUUUCACCGGACUUCUCACUGGUGGAAGCGGAUUCGCCAUCGGCCGUCCCCCGGUCACUGCACUGCACCACGAGAUUCACACUGGACACUGCUGGCCCUUCCCCGGAUCGCAAGGUCAGCUUGGCGUCGCGCUCGCGGCACCGGUAUACAUCAGCGACGUCACGAUCGACCAUGUCGCCAAGGAGGUCGCGACGGACAUGCGCUCCGCACCCCGCCAGAUGGAACUUUGGGGUCUUGUCGAGGGUCAGGAGAACGUUGCGAAGUACCGCGAGUGGAAGGAGAGCCGUGCGGCCGCGCGCCAGGAGGCCGAGACACAGGGCGAGCCUGUCCCCGCAAACCUCGUUGACGACAUCAUCUACCCGCGCUCGCUGCCCAAGACCCCCGAAUACGUGCGCAUCGCGAACUUCACUUACGACAUCCACUCGCCCGACUACGUCCAGACAUUCCCCGCCCGCGAGGACAUCCGCGAGCUCGGCAUCGACUUCGGGGUCGUCGCGCUUCUCGUGAAGAGCAACUGGGGCAAGGAGUUCACCUGCCUCUACCGCAUGCGCAUUCACGGCGAGCCCGUCGGCGAGAUCCCGCUACCGUACCCCGAGGAUGAAGAGUCCGCAUAGACGUUGGCUGUGGUGAACCAUGACCAUGCUUUAGUCCUGACAUACGCCCCCAUGCAUCCUCUCCCUCGCAUCACCGGCUGGCAAGCAUCCACACAUCCCCACGCACGGACACCCGCACUCCCUGCAUUCGCAUACGCAUCCGCAAGUUUACACUCAUGACCGUCAUGACCGCUCCCC